UUAGCUUCGCCGCAGUGCAUGGUGUAAAAUGUUGCUGCCGUUACUGUUAACGUGUUUUAAAAGUACUUUACUGUAGGAAAACAACAACGUAUUGUUCUGGUUGUCUCUUUGAAUAAGUAGUACGGUCAUGGCCAGUGACUGGAUACUUCGUUCAUGAAUCACACUUUCUACCCAAGUGGAAGUACAAUGCCAGACACAGUGAUAGCAGAGUCUGUGGUUGAUUACCACACUCGCUUUCAGGCUGCUGUAGAUGUCAUUCAUAAACUCCCCAAAAAUGGAUCCUAUCGGCCAUCGUAUGAGGUGAUGCUACGCUUUUACAGUUUAUACAAACAGGCUGUGUGUGGACCCUGUGCAGUGUCUCGCCCUGGCUUCUGGGAUCCAGUAGGCCGCUACAAAUGGGACGCUUGGAGCCGACUUGGAGACAUGAGCACUGCUAAUGCCAUGGCAGCAUAUGUGGAUGAGCUGAAGAAGGUAGCGCAAGAGGUCAUUGACACAAUGCCCAUAAAUGAGAAGACUGCCUCACUCUUUCACCAUUUUGAGCCUCUGUACGUGGUUAUUGACGACAUGCCGCGGCCCCCACAGUCGCUGCUCAGGCUCAGAGAAGGCUCAGGACAACGUGAGGGUUUGGUGUUGAACAGCGACUCUGAGAACGAGAUCUUCUGUGACUCUGUAGAUUCUGUGGAGCAACUCAGUAACCUUAAGAUACCACUUGUCAAGUCUAACGGGCUUCAGAAUGGCCAGGAGGUCUUGGAGUCAUCCCUUCUUGAAAGCCCAAAACUCGAAAACCAGUAUGAGAGCAGACAGGUGGGGGCAGGUCAUGGUGGAGAGGGGGGGAAGGAUGCAAAGGAUCGGGAUACAAACGGAAGUCGAGCCUCUGGACAGGAAGGUUCCUACCACAACAGGAGAGAAAGUGGUGUUCCACCAAGCAGAAGAAGGCGUGGUGUGACUGGUGGUGCUAGCGGGGAUGAGCGAGCGGGAGGAGAUGGUUCUGAUGAUGUUCCAGAGAGUGGGCAUGAGACACAUCUUCAGCACCAAAUCAUUCUGGCUUUAAGGAAGCUCAAAUAUGACAUGAGGAGUGUGAUGGCAAGGUUGGAGGUGGUGGAGAGGCUCACAACUACACGUGCUUCUGGCUCAGAGUGGAGACCCUGUCUGCAAUGUGCCAGUGUGGCCUCUCCACAUCAGGAGAAGAAGUGGUGGCCAUUUGACCUGUCUUGUCAGACAGUUCUUCUGUUUAUGCUGUGGCCUUUUGCCGCUCAAGGUAUGAUUCAUCUCCUCAAAAAGAUCCAGAGGAGAAGUCAAUUGUCUUCAUGACGUCAAGACAUUCCCCUCGUCACAGAAAUCUAUUCAUGUGGAAUAUGUCCUAUGACUGAAGAACGUUAUUCAGAGGAUCUUUCCCAGAGAAAAAGGAGUAAGGUUGAUGGACUUGGAACUGGAUUCUAAAGCUUACAGGUUACAGGUCUACAGCUCUAGAAUGUAGACCUACAAAUACAUGCAGAAACAAUGCGAAAUGACAAAGGAAAUGGAUACAUACACUUUUAACAUAACUUUUAACCUAUUUCAGUGGUUCUUAAACUUUUUUUCACCAAGUACUAUCUUAGAAAACUUGGCUCUUCAAGUACCACCAUAAUGACCAACAUUAAAAUACAUUAGCGUAGUAGACCUAAAUAUUAAUAAAAUCAAGGCAUAGGUUUUAUUUAAAAAGUAUAUUUGAUAUUUUGGGCCAUAUUUUGAACAGUAACACUGUGUUUUGAUAUCGGAAAACACAACACUGUGCUUUAAUCAGAUGAUUAUUUGGCGUACCACUAGAUUAAGCGUACGUGUAUCACAGUUUCAGAAUCCCUGCCUUAAUUAAAGACUCUUGUAGGUGAAGCCGGCGAUGAGUGGAGAGGGAGGAGGGAUGGGAAGAGCAACACAGACACCACCUUCAUACUUUGCUACAAGUUAUCGCAGGGCUGUCCAAAGGUCGCGGGCGAAGUGUGGCCCACCAGUAUCUUCAGUCUGGCUCGCGAGAGAACUUAAAUUAACUUCGAAGUCUGGCCCGGUGGUUGGUGUCGAGUUUAAUUCUAAUAGCAUGAGGGACAAGCGGUAGAAAAUGUAAGGAUGGAUGGGCCGUUUGAUGGCUGCAAUCAUGCCAUCUUCUUAUAGACAGUGUUAGUAAUAUUGGUCAAUGACCAUAGUUAUCUAUUGAAGUUCAAUGAGCAUAGCAUCAAUUUAUAUGACCCAAUCCGAACAACAAUUCCAGCUCACGGUGCAACUGAACCAUAACCAACACAGGGUCAACACUCAUGGUCCCACAUAACACUCAAACGUCUCACUGAAAUAUGUGGACAUUAUAAAACAAUCUCUAUUAAAAUUAUAAAAUUAUACCCAUUUUUCAAUUUAGGUGAAUUUACCAUGGGGCAGAUGUUUUGAUUUCAGAAACUUGGCUUAGUAAGUCUAUUGCAAAUCAAGACAUUAACAUUAAUGGGUAUAAUGUUUACCGCACCGAUAGGCCAAAGGCGGGGGUGUAGCUAUUUAUGUAAAAUCUAGAUUUAAUGUGUCAAUUGUUCUUUCCCAGUCAAUCAGUAAACAAAUUGAAUUUUUGGCGCUGGAUGUAGAAAUAGUCAAAUCACUACAUAUUACUGUGGUUGAGUGUUACAGGCCUCCAUCUGCUUCAAAGAGUCAUUAAAACAGCUUUUAGAUUACUGGUAGUUAAAUUACACUGAAUUAUUUAUGUCAGGAGAUUUUAACUGGGACUGCAGCUUCUGAUUAAUUUAAAAGGUUUUCUGAUUCUGUUAAUCUCACCCAGUUGGUCAAUUUUCCCACCAGGCCUAAUCCCAAAAUUCCAGAUAAAUCUACCUUGAUUGAUUUGAUUUGAACUAAUAUGCCUCAUAAGUUUUUUUCCUUGGGUAUAUCCUGUUAUGAUUUAGACUUAGACAAACUCUAAGGAUCCACAAGGGAAAUUGUUCCACACAGUAGCUCAGUUACAAAGGAUGAUAAGGAUAGAAAAUAUAAUGCAUACAAGGGCACACAAAGAGGGCGAAAAUAAAAGGUAUAAUGUAGACUAAAGAUGUACCAUAAUAGCAAUAUAAAAUAUAACAUAUGUAAUAUUUACAUAUUAUAUAUACAAUAUAUACUGAUAUCUUAUAAUAUAAUAUAUACAAUAUAUAACAAAUCCCAAUUACCAUGUACAAUAUUAAAGUAUAUGUAACAGCUGCAGGAAAAAAAAGAGCAGCAUAAAAUAAAGAGUAGACCCAGCAGAAAAUAUACAUUAUAAACAAAGAGGGGUAGCUAACAUAGAAACGGUCAGGUAAUAGACAAAUAUAAUCUAUUGUUGUAUGGCGAGUGAUUAUACAGCUGGAUAGAGUGCGGAAUGAAGGAGUUCUUGAAUUGCACAGUGUGGGAACGAAGCUGAAGGAGCCUGUUGGAGUAUGAGAUCCACUGUCCCUCAAUUGUCUGGUGGAGUGGGUGGGCAGGAUUGUCCAUGAUGGCGAGCAGUUUGUCCUGUGUCCUAUUGUCCCUCACUGACACAAACGCCUCCAACUGUGUGCCAAUAGUUUGGCCGGCUUUCCGGAUCAGUUUGUCAGUUCGGUUUAAGUCCCUUUUGCUGAUGCUGUUCCACCAACAAACCACUGCAAAGUACAGGGCACUGGCCACAACAGACUGAAAAAAGAUCUCCAGCAGCUUGCUGCACACAUUAAAGGACCUAAGCUUCCUCAGGAAAAAGAGUCUGCUCAUGCCCUUCUUGUAUGCAGCUUUGCUGUUGUCCUUCCAGUCCAGUCUGCUGUUCAAGCGGAAUCCCAGGUACUUGUACUGCCGCCUC